GUUUGAAGUGCAUGUUGUAGACAGUACUGCCCGCGUGAUUAAUGUGCGAAACAACGGGAUGUUUCGUAAUGGUCAUCCUAUAAAGUUUCAGACAAGGUGCUGAGAUUUUACGUACUGUACAUUUAGAGAUAUAGGGAAGAAACCUCAAUUGGAAAUGGAUUAAUGGGUAAAUAAGUUGGGAUUGUUGGUGUAUGGGGUAUAAGACACCUCUCCAGCUGCUGGAUCAGAGGAUAGUAGCUUCAGCAACAGUAUUUCACAUGGUUUUAAGCUGCAACCAGGCAGACCACAAGAUAUCAAUCACUGCACCUUGAUGGCAAAAUACUGUUAUUGCAUGAGAAAUGGGUCAAAAAAAUCAGAAGCUUAGUCAAAUUUAAGGAUAAAGGAAAACUUGAAUCAUUAUUUGUUUCAUAGAUCACAAAGAAAGAUAAAUGGGUUCAUCAAACCUGUGGAACUGGAAGCCAGCAUAUGGAAGACCACUUAACAUUGGCAUCAGAAUGUUAAGGACUUCCUUGUAGAGACAAACAAAAAGGAUGGUCUCAGUGGCCAGUUCUCGGUGAGCUGUAAGAUUUCAGCACUUACCUUCCAACCGAGGGAAAACUCCUGUAAAUGCUGGCUGGAUGUAGAAGAUAAGACCUGUAUCAGUUGAUUUGCUGGGAUAAUACUGCCUCGGGUGGCAGCCAAAAAUGCAGUUUAUGAGACUUAGUAAACUCCAUGUGCUGAAGCAGUUGGCAAGUGGAUGUCGAAAUGUGGGACACACUAUGUUCAACAAAUACCUUCUUCUCACCAAUGUUGGAAUCUCCAUGUGCCUCUCUGCUACUGGUGAUGUCAUCCAGCAACAUUACGAGAUGAUGCAUAACGAAAGAAAAAAUGUGGAGUUAAUAAGAACCCGAAACAUGUCCAUAUCAGGAGUUACUGUUGGUGUUGUAUGUCACUUUACAUAUAACUACUUAGAUAAAAAGCUACCUGGAAGAUCUCUGCAGACAGUUCUGAAAAAGGUUGUGGUGGAUCAACUUGUAUUUUCUCCCAUAUAUUUAACUGUGUUUUUCUUCACUCUGGCCAUAUUAGAGGGUUCUAACUGGGUGACACUAAAGAAAGAAGUUACUCACAAGGCGUGGCGGCUGUACCUAGCAGAAUGGCUAAUUUGGCCUCCAGCACAAGUAAUAAAUUUCUAUUUUUUACCAACAAAAUUUCGUGUGCUGUAUGACAAUACCAUAUCUCUUGGGUUUGAUAUAUACACUUCAUACAUCAAACAUAAUAUAUCUAUUGAGGAAGAAAAAGUGGCUCUAGAAGAAAAGUGAUCAAUAUUUCUUGCUUAGAUGCUGUAACAAUAAUAUAGUGGCUGUGAUAAUAAAAGUAUGUCAUGUUCAUUUCGAAGGUGUUCCCUACUCUUAUUUCAUAAAUGGGUCAAAAAUACUCUUUUAUUUAUUGUUUUGGUAUUAGAACAGUCCUUGCAGAGAGAUUGUUAAGUAGUGAAGUUUAUAUGUGAAAUGAAUUGUACAUUCCAUCCUGUUGAUAGUUCAACACAAGUGUACAAAUAAAUAAUGACCAAUAAACGAUGCUUAAACUGAAUAAA